UAGAUUUUUGUGCCAAUUGUCGCAGUAGUGGGUGGAAGGAAAGAGAGAAAAAAAGAAGCCGAAGCUGAAUCUCGGCGGAGGAUGUUUUGCGGCGGAGCAGAGGGUUACCUUUAGUAUUUAGAGAAAGAAAGAGAAAGAGAAAGAGAGAGAGAAUAUAAAUGGGAAGAAUCUUUCUUGUCGAAUUGGAGGGCAGAGCCUACAGAUGCAAACUCUGCGAUUCCCCUCUUGCCCUCGCCGACGAGGUCCUCUCACGGACAUUCAAUUGCCGUAAAGGGAGGGCAUAUCUUUUCAACAGCGUGAUUAAUGUAAUGAUGGGGCCUCAGGAGGAGAGGUUAAUGCUUUCUGGUUUGCAUACCGUAGAAGAUAUCUAUUGCUGUUGCUGUGGACAGAUUCUUGGCUGGAAAUAUGUAAUUGCACAUGACAAAGACCAAAAAUACAAGGAAGGGAAAUUUGUGCUAGAGAGGUGGAGGAUAGAUGAGGACGCUGAUGACGAAUUGAAUCUGGAUGCUCGUCCUGGUUCAAGUGAUGCGGAAAAUAUUUAGGAAGUUAUUGUUUAAAAAAA